AUGGGGACCUAUCAAGCUCAUCCUUGGUAUACCAUCCUCGACGCCCUUGCGAAAAUUGGCGAGACAAUACCCGGGCUCGUGAUAUACCACAGCUUCAUUGACAAGCUACCUACACUUGGCGCCCAUGUCGUCUUAGAGAAAAUGAUUGAUGAUAUCCUUGAAUUUUAUCAGGAGGCGCUUGUAUUCCUCGAUCGGACAAAGAGACAGAAGGUCCGCGACUUGUUUUGGAAGACCUUCCACUCCCAGUUUGACUCGAUCCUAAAUCGCAUGAAGCGCCGCGCUGAACUGCUUGAAAGCCUAAAGACUCUAGCUACGGCCAAGGCCCUAAUGGAGAUGGGAGAAAAAUAA